GUCUCGAACAGGAGGCUUGGAAGGCUGAGGAGGCCGAAGAGAAGAUCCGGCGGCCCGCCGGGUCGGCAGAGACGCCGCGGCUCGGAGCGCCCAGGGACGAAAUCAGCGCCGGAACCAACCACCGUGAGUGCACAACGGCAUUAAAGCAGUAGUAGAAUAAGUGCAUAAACGGCCUGUGAGGAGGCGGCUUUCCCCACAGGCUGACGGCGGCCCGGGCAGCAACCCUGCUUCCCCCCGGCACCAGCUCGCCGCGGAGCGCCCAGGAUGCGCACGUCCGAGUACCGGUGUCCGCGCGUGCGCCGUCUCCGCAAACAUGGCUGCCGCCGGCCGGCCGCCGGGCCGCCGGCCCACAUGUGGGACACAAUACUGAAAAUGACAGCUCAGAAUGAGCCUGAAGGAGAGCCAUCCUGUGUAGUAGUUAUGGAAGGAUUGAUGAGGGAGGAUUCUUGUUCCUCCAUUCUAGGUAACAGCUGGGAUUGUGAAAACCAAGAGCAACAUUUGAGGCAAUCUCCUUUAACUUGGAAUAAUCGAGUAGCUCAGGAAUCAGCCUGUGAAUAUCUUGGUUUUGGGGAGCAUUUGAGUGUAAGCUCAGGUCUUCUUUCAACUCAGAGAGUUCCUACAACAAAUGGCUUCUGUGGUUCUAAGUCAGAUGUUAAAAUUUUAGAUUGUGACCAAUCCUUACACAGUUGUUCCCAAACUUAUAUAGCUAAGAGAACUACUGAAUAUGACUGUGGAAAAGCCUUCCCCCUUUCUAUGGAAGCUAUACAACUUAGAAGAAAUCAAAUGAGAGACAAACACUAUAAAUAUCCUGAAGGUAUUAAAUCUUUGAACCAUUGUACUGUCCUUGGCCAUCACAAAAUAAUGAAACAAGGCAAGAAACUUUACAAAAGUAAGGACUCUGAGGACAAAUUUGCUAUGAGCUCAUCUCCUGAUGAAAACAAAAGUCAUCCCAUUGAGAAGCCAUAUAAAUGUGAUGAAUGUGGAAAAUACUUCAAAAGGAACUCUUCUCUUGUUUUGCAUCACCGGACUCACACUGGAGAGAAACCUUAUACCUGUAAUGAGUGUGGAAAAUCCUUCUCUAAGAACUACAACCUAAUUGUACAUCAGAGGAUCCACACAGGAGAGAAGCCCUAUAAAUGUAGUAAAUGUGGGAAAGCUUUUAGUGAUGGGUCUGCUCUGACACAGCAUCAGAGGAUCCACACGGGAGAGAAACCUUAUGAAUGUCUAGAAUGUGGAAAAACUUUCAACCGAAAUUCAUCCCUGAUUUUGCAUCAAAGAACUCAUACUGGAGAAAAACCAUAUAGAUGUAAUGAGUGUGGGAAACCCUUUACUGACAUCUCCCACCUCACUGUGCAUCUCAGAAUCCACACUGGUGAGAAGCCCUAUGAGUGUACCAAAUGUGGAAAGGCUUUCCGAGAUGGCUCAUACCUCACACAGCAUGAAAGGACUCACACUGGAGAGAAGCCCUUUGAAUGUGUGCAGUGUGGGAAAUCAUUCAAUCGCAACUCUCACCUCAUUGUGCAUCAAAAAAUUCAUUCUGGAGAAAAACCCUAUGAAUGUAAAGAAUGUGGGAAAACGUUCAUUGAGAGUGCAUAUCUUAUCAGACACCAGAGAAUUCACACUGGUGAGAAGCCCUAUGGCUGUAACCAGUGUCAUAAAGUGUUCAGGAACAUUGCUGGCCUCAUCCGGCACCAGAGGACUCACACUGGUGAGAAACCUUAUGAGUGUAAUCAGUGUGGCAGAGCCUUCAGGGACAGCUCCUGCUUGACCAAGCACCAGAGAAUUCACACUAAGGAGACCCCUUACCAGUGUCUGCAGUGUGGGAAGUCCUUCAAGCAGAAUUCUCACCUGGCAGUACAUCAGAGAAUUCACAGCCGAGAGAGUCCCAGACAGUGUCCUCAAUGUGGAAAAACGUUUAGAAGGAACUCAUCCCUUGUCCGGCAUCAGAGAAUGCACCCUGAAGGGCAGACCAUGGAAACAAAAUGAAUGUGGACCACAGAAGCCUGCCUAGAGGCUGUAUGUCUUCAGAUGUGAGUGAUUCUUCCUUGUCACUGGAAAAGAACCCUUCAAGCUAUGGAGAGAAUUGAUGAAUGAGACAUUCUAGAGCAUUAUUAACUCUAACAUUAGGGAACUCCUGGAGACAACAUUAGCUGAUAAUAACUGUGUAAAAGGCUUCAGGGAUGAUUCAGACUCUACCAGACCCAAUAGUGCAAACACUGGAAUAAGGCUUGAGAAUGUGAGGAAGAUAGUUUUACCUACCAACCUUUACACGAGGAUGCUUGAACUGGAAAGAACCUAUGAAGGCAUUGAGUAAGUACUUAGUCAAAUCCUUUAAUUGUGAGUAUCCAGCUUGUUGUACAUAAGAAAACACUGAAUCACACCUGGUAAGUAUAAUCAGGAAGAGAAUCUUAAGCAGGAGCUCUUACUAUUUUUCUUGAAUCAGCAAAGACAUACUGGUGAGAGGUUCAGCACAGGGCUCCACUCCACAGAAACCACAAGAUAACUGGAAAGUGUUUGAAUGUGUUUCUAUGUGUUACAGUCCUGUCAGAACACCAAGGACUCAUUUUAAAAGGGGAAACUGAACAAAAAAGUUGUUUGAGAAUGAACAGUAAAGUUGUUCCUCUUCAGACUAAAUCAAAAGAUGAAAAGGGCUGCUUCUAAGGGAGAAAGUAGAUCAUUGCUUUAGCUGUUGAAAGGAAAAAAAUAGUUAAUUUCUGUUAUCAGUUUAGCCCUACCAUUGUUAUUUGUUUAGGGUAUUUUUCUUAGAGAUUCAGCCACUCUGAAUCAUGAUUAUAAAAGUUUUGCUGCUGGGUUUAUUAGGCAGCAAAAAUGAGGCAUAAAAUAAGAGUAAUUGUCAUUACAGGCAUAUAUGUGCACACAUGGAUGUAGUUUAUAAGUGGAUGAUAGAGAAAUAAAUAAGUGCUUUUGUUAGGGGACUACAA